UGCAUGCUUCCAGACCUACCAGGGGGGGUUCACAGCGACAAGGACGCGGUGAGGAAUAUUGGAUGGAAGGAGGAAACGACACCUGCAACCAGAACAGAGAUCAACACGGCCUGGUGCGUGUUGCUCCAUUUGUAUGCGAACCGCGACGACGUCUAUUUCGGCUGCAGGCGCGGUGGUAGUGGCGGACGGUCGACUUGCUCCGUCAUAUCCUGCACCAUCCACGAGCUGGACACGUUGGGAGAUGUCGCUACCGCGAUGUUGCGGCAUUCGGAGGAGGGGCGGGCGCGGGAACAACCUCCGUCCCCGCCGGUGUCUUGCAACACGGAGACGCGGUUCACCGUGCACCGUGACGAACGCCGCGACGAGCAGCGAGGCGGCGACGUGGAGCUGCUGCCCCCGGGAACGGACCUCAUACUGGAUGCCUUGGAGGAUCGGGAGGGCACAGUCAGCACCUACAAGAUGACGUACCGGCCGAGGCUCAUGUCCGACAGCGAGGCCCAGAACGUCGUGGCGACUCUGAGGGUUAUCAUGGCCCGUCUGCGCGCCGAUCCCGACCAGGCGGUUGCCGCCCUUGGCCCCAGCCAGAGGGACGUUGAGCAGAUGGUGUCGUGGCACCCGCACCCCGGUACCGGCGGGCUCAAACAACACUCUGACCUGAUCCAGGACGUCUUUGCGGAACAAGUCCGCUGCCGGCCAAGCCAGCCGGCCAUCGACGCGUGGGACGGCCGCAUGACGUACGCGGAGCUUGACGAGGCCUCGGACAUGCUCAAGGAAAGCCUCUGGCGGGAGGGUCUCGCCCCCGGCGCGGGCGUGCUCCUGUGCUUCGAGAAGUCGGUCUGGAUGUCGGUCGCGAUGCUGGCCGUUCUCAAGGCCGGAGGGUUCUGUUCGAACCUGGACCCUGAUUAUCCGAAGCGACGCGUACUGCAGAUUGCCGAGGCGACAGAGGCGAGGCUGUUGCUAGCUUCCGAGGCCCAGCUGAGAAGGCUCAGGGGCUAUGGGAUACAGCAGCCUCGCAUGAUACAGGUGCCGAGCGGCGAAGCAAGUCCCCGAGACGGCGCAUGUAAGCAGAAGCAGGAGGAGGAGGAGGAGGAGGAGGAGGAGGAGGAGGAGACGCGGCCUUCGCCAGGCAGCACGGCCUUUGUCGUCUUCACGUCUGGGAGCACGGGCGUGCCCAAAGGCAUCAUGGUCUCGCAUGCCAAUAUCUGCACCGCAGCCGCCGCGCUCGGGGACGCUUUCGAAGUGGACGGUUCAACCCGGACGGUCCAGUUUGCCGCGCACUCGUGGGACGUGAGCUUACAGGACUACCUGGGCUCCCUACUACGCGGCGCCACCGUCUGCGUCCCGUCCGACGACGAGCGUUGGAACGACCUGGAGGGUUAUGUGGCGAGAGCCGGGGCGAACUGGGCGCACCUGACGCCCACGGUUGCGCGAAUGCUGAGCCCUGUAAAGAUGGCGCAGCACCUGCGGACACUCCUCCUGGUAGGAGAGCCGAUGGGCGACGCGGACAUGACCGGCUGGGUCGAUGCCGGCGUCCGGACGUUCAACGUCUACGGAUGUACCGAGGCCACGUGGGUGCAGGUCACGACACCCAAGCGCGGUGCGCGAAUCGGCCGCGGCCACGUCAGUGGUUACGGAAUCAACACCAGGGUUUGGAUCGUCAGGAGAGGAAACCGGGCACUCAGCCCGGUUGGUUGCACGGGCGAGAUAUGGCUCGAGGGUCCCACGGUCACACAGGGCUAUAUAAACGUCGACCAGACUCUGGUCCGGGAGAGCUUCCCCAACAGCCCAGAGUGGGCGCAGAGCCUCCAGUUUGCUCGAGUCGGCGCCGGAUUCGGACAUGGGUUUUAUCGUACAGGCGAUCUUGGCCGUCUCUGCGCCGACGGGGCCCUAGAGGUGAUGGGACGCACCGACACGCAGACAAAGCUCGGAGGACAGAGGCUCGAGCUAUUCGAGGUGGAGCACCAUCUGCGAGAGGCAUCGGCUUCCCGCGCCGUUUCGGCUUUUGUGCCAAAGGCCGGGCCCUUCGCCGGAAGGUUGACGGCCGUCCUGAGAGCUCUGCCGGUGGAAACAUCAAGCACCGAGGGCCACCGGUCUCCAGAGCCGCGACUCGGACGCUGCCCGUCCUCGGUGGCAGCAGACAUGACGGCAAAACUGACAAAGGCCCUGCCGAGGUUCAUGGUGCCCUCGGUGUGGCUGAGCAUCUCCCACUUCCCCAUGACAUCCUCGGGAAAGCUGUCACGAUCACUGAUCCUGAGCAAGAUCGAGGCCAUGGCCGGGCAGCCGCCCUCCGAGUCUGUUAGAGACGAGAGUACCUGCACAUCAGAGGUUCUCGCCGAGACGCCCCCUCCCGAUCCCAGUCGCGGAGAAGAGGCCCUCCUGCAGCAAGUCUGCGCCAAGGUCCUGGGCAUGGGGCCGGCAGCCGUUGACCUCAGCCAGUCGUUUAUACGGCUGGGAGGCGACUCUAUCCGGGCUAUGCAGGUUGUGGCACGAUGCCGGGAGGUCGGCAAGGGCAUGACGGUCAAACUCCUCCUCACCAGCCCGUGCCUGCUGCAAGUGGCCGCCAAGGUCAGAGGGUCUCACGAUUUAGAACAUGUAAUAGUUGCAGACAGGGAGAUAAAGAACGGGACUGAAGACGGAUCUGGCGGGCAGCAAGCAGCCGCGAGUAACGGCGUUGUUGGCAGACGGGCGUCGUGGCGACAGAUGCCGGGCAUUAGAGAAGCAUUGUUGGCUCUGCCCACCGUUCGCCGCCUCGAAGACGUCGAAGAUGUGUUCCCGCUAUCCCCGAUGCAAGAAUCACUGGCGCUCAGCCUCGCCCGGCUGGGGGGGCGGUUCUACAUGGACGAGUUUCUCUGGGAGCUACGGGCCGCCGACGGCUCCCGGAUCGACCCGGAGCGUCUCGAGCAGGCGUGGAAGGCAGUGGUCGCGCGCCAUCAGGCACUCCGGACCGUGUUUGUUGACGUCGACAUGGACUCCGACGCCCGCGACGACGAAGCAACGGCAGAGGCGAGCAUGCCGCUUCAUCAAGCAGUCUUGCGACGAGGCCCGGCAAGCUUCAGCCGGGAACGGGCUGCAAGCGACGACGAUGCGCGGCGCGUUGCGCGGGAGUCCCCCCGCAUGCUGGACAAGUUGAAGAUGAGCCAUGACCAGCUCGUCCACGCCGGGCUACCAACGCACAGCAUGCUGAUGGUCUGCAACGGCGCGUCCGACGACGGACAAGGCCGGGGCGGUGGCAGGGUCUGGCUCAGGUUCGAGGUAAGCCACUUGGUGGAGGACGGCAUGUCCAUCCUGCCGCUGCUCCGCGACCUCUCCCUCGCGUACCGGCACGGGUGCAACAUGGGGCCGCCGAUGACGCCGAUGACGGCCGGUGCCGAGUUUGUGAGGUACAGGCGAGACCGGCACAGGCGCGAAGCGAGCCUGGCUUACUGGAGCUCGUACUUGAAGGGGGCAGAGGCAUGCCGUUUCCCCAGCCUCGUUGAUACGGACUCCAACUCGGUUUCUGACUCGGGAGGGAGACGUGGGGAGCAACGCGAGGUGCAAGUGACGUUCGGCCAUGGUACGCGCGGGCUGCAGCAAGCGGUGGCACGGCUGGACAUCACGCUGCCCACCUUCUUUCAGAUGGUCUGGGCACUGGUUCUUCACUUGUACACGGGGAAAACCAAGCUCGUGCUGGGCAACAUCGACUCUGGGCGGAACGUGCCGGUCAGGGGUAUCCAGGAGGCCUUUGGGCUCUUCAUGGGGAUGCUGGUCUGUCGAGUGGACCUCCUCCGCCGCCGCCGCGAUGAUGUUGGAGAAGAAGAGGAAGAAGGAGAAGAAGAAGAAGGGUAUGUCCACGACCAUGACGAUGACGGGGAGCAUGAAGAUGGACGCCAUCAUGCCCCUGGCCGUACGCUUCUGGACAUCAUGAGGAGGAUCCAGAGUGACGCGAUCGAGGGGAGCAGCAAGCAGUCGUGCUCGCUCGCCGAGAUGCAGCAGGCGGCUGGCCUGGUCCGCGACAGAAGCUCAGGGGUGCCGCUGUUCAACUCGGGCAUCUCCUGCCGGCCUCUCGUCACGGAGGGGGAUCAGGAGGACUUUGCGCUGCUCUUUAAGCAGGUGGAAAACAGGGAACAAUCAGAGGUGAGUCCCGGUCAGCCAAGGGUUAGGAUGGAUGUCGCCUUGAUCAUAGAGACGGGUAAGGACGCCAUGCGUGUCAAGAUCCAAUAUCAGACAGACUUCAUGAGCGACAUGGCGGCGGUCAACGUCGCCGGGACGGCCGCCCACGUCGCCGCAGAGAUACUACGCAACCCCCUGAUGACGGCUCGCGAUGUGGCCAAGCCGAGCCCUCACGACCUCGACCAGAUCUGGAGCUGGAACAGGGAGUGCGUGCAGCCCGGCGGGAGAGUCAUGCAUUCCUUCGUCGAGGAGCGGAUGCGGGCCAGCCCCGAGCGCGAGGCUGUUUGCAGCUGGGACGGCAACAUGACGUACGGCGAGCUGGACCGAGCAACGCGAUGCGUCGCCCGAUACCUGAUGGACUCAUGCCACGUCGUCCCCGACAGCAUCGUGCCCAUCUGUUCGGAAAAGUCGCUAUGGGCCAUCGUGGCCAUGCUCGGCGUCAUGCGGGCCGGCGGGUGCUUCGUGAUGCUGGACCCGAGCCACCCGGACUCCAGGCUCCUCUCCAUCGUGGAGCAGGUCGACCCGCGAGUGAUGCUGGCCUCGUCCAAGCAAGAGGGUCGUCUGAGCCGCCUGGCGAGAGAGUUGUAUAGCAGCGCCGGCGCCAAAAAUAUCGAGGAGGAGGAGGAGGAGGCAAUAAUACAGGUCUGGGCCGUCACCGAGGACUGGGUCCGGCGACGACUUGUGCGGGACUCGGCCGCGGUCGAAGCCGCCGCCAGGUCCGGCCUUCCCGUAUGCCGCCAAGUCCGGCCCGACCACUCCAUGUACCUGCAGUUCACGUCGGGCACGACGGGGCUGCCCAAAGGGAUCGUCAUCUCGCACCGCAACUUCGCCACGGGCUUCGCGCGCCACUGCGCCAUCUGCGAGGUGUGGCCCGACACGAGGGCGCUGCAGUUCUCGGCCUACAGCUUCGACUCGAGCAUCGGGGAGAUGCUCACGACGCUGACGGUGGGCGGCUGCGUCUGCAGCCCCUCGGACGAGGACCGCAACAUGGACAUCGUCGUCUUCAUGGCGCGCACCCGGGUCAACUGGGCGCUGUGGACGCCUUCCUUCGCGUCCCUGAUCAACCCGGAGGACGUGCCGGACCUCAGGUGCAUGUGCCUGGGCGGCGAGCCGCUGCCGCCGUCGCUCGUCGACAGAUGGUCGGACCGCGUCCGGAUGGUCAACAUCUACGGGCCGAGCGAGUGCAGCAUGGCCGCGACGAACAACAGCCCCGUCACCCGGGACUCGUUCUCCUCCAACAUCGGCCGGGCCCAUCGCUGCGUGACCUCGGACGGCACCAUCAACUACAUCGGCAGGAAGGACACGCAGCUCAAGAUCAACGGCCAACGCGUCGAGCUCGGCGACAUCGAACAGCACCUGCGCGUGUCCAUGGCCCAUAUCCUCCAGGAGGCGUCUCCUCCCGUGGCCGUCGAGCUGCUCGGGCAGCAGCAACAAGAACAUGAAGGAUCCGAGGUGCUCGCGGCUUUUGUCGUUGUGGGUGCUGCCGCGCGCAGCAGCAGGAGGCACAAACAAAAAGGACAAGAUGCCCUGAGCGGAGGGGAUCAGGACCAGGAUCAGGAUCAGCCUCACGUGGAGGAGGCCCUGGCUGCCUCGGAUCCCGAGACACUGGCCUCGUUCCGGUCUCUGGUCGAGAGGAUCCGGCAUUCAGCACUGCCGUUGCCGUCGUACAUGAUGCCGCGCAUCUUUGUGCCGCUCAGGGCCCUGCCGACUACCACGGCCGGCAAGCUGGACCGCCGUGCUCUUCAUCGAAUCGCCGCCAGCCUGGGCCGCCAGCGUCUCGUCUCCUUCGGUCCUCAAGUCGACGAGGAGGAUAAGAGCGAUGCUGUCGUCGCCGCCACUGAUGCUGCUCCCGCGGCCGAGCGGGAACCGGAACGGGAACCAGACCGGUCGAGAGAACCCGAAGGCGGCUCCAUCGAGGACGUCCUAGCAGCCAUGGUCGCGAGGCAGCUCGGGCUGGACACGGUCAGCAUGCGUGACGACUUCUUCAACCUGGGCGGUAACUCGGUGGCAGCCAUCCGUCUGAGCGGCAUGGCACGCAGACACGGCCUCACACUGACCGUUGCAGACAUAUUCCAGAAGCCCCGGAUUGCCGACAUGGUCUCCAAGGUGCGUUCCCGAGCGGCAGCGGCGACAAAGACGACAACGGCCGUCAACGGGGAUUGCAACGAUCAAAGCUACAGAGGCCCGGGGCAAUCCGAAGAGGGCCGAGACGUGCCGCCGCCGCCGCCGUCGUCGCCGCCGUUCCAGCUGCUCCGCAGCAGCGGCAUCCUUCCGGACACGAGCAGCUCCAUCCGGGGAUUCGUACAGAGAGUAGCUGCCGAGUGCGGCAUGACCGCGGGCGAGGUCGAGGACGUGUUCCCUUGCACGCCCCUGCAGGAAAACCUGAUGGCCGUCUCGACACGCCGGACAACCAACCCGCAGCCGUACGUCAGUCACCAGACCUUCCUCCUCACUGACAGGGUCGACGUGGCGCGCAUGAGCGCGGCCUUGCGAGCCGUCCUGCGCAGGCACGGUCUGUUGCGUAGCUACAUCGUCUCCACGCCGCGGGGAGGGCUACUGGUGACGGCCAAGGAGCCGGCCGCAUUGCAGUGCACCACCCAUCACCACGACGGUCCUCUGGAGCCUUGGCUGGAGCAGCGGCGGGGACAGAUGCGUUUCGACUACGGCAGUCCGCUGGUGUACUUUGCCAUCGUGCACUGCUCCGGGGCCGGGCCCGAGCCUAACCGCAAGCACCGCAUCGGCACCGGCCGACCCGACGGUACCAGCCGCAGAUGUGUCCAUGUCGUGUUCAGCGCACAUCAUUCCAUCUUCGACGGAUGGUCUCUCCAGUUGAUCUGGGACGACAUCGCGUCGGUCUACUGCCAACCACCGGAAGGAGAAGGACGAGGCGGAGGAGGAGAAAGUACGGCCGUAAUAACAGCGGCGGCGGCGGCGGCGGCGGCGGCGGCGGCUCCUCCACCCUUCCAGGCGUUCGUGAGCUGGAUACGACAGACGGCCGGCACGGACUCUGAGGAGUUCUGGCGCCAAACAUUGGCCGAUGCCGACGCAGACGAGAGCACUUCCUUCCCCGCCGUCCGGGCCGGCCAUCAACCCGUGGCCCGCGCAAGGCUCACCCGGGUUCUCCCUCAACCUCGGAGGCCCCGGUACUCGGACUCCAGCGUCACGGAGCCGACUCUGAUCUAUGCAGCCUGGGCCCUCGUGCUCGCGCUGUACGGCGGAACGCCGGGGGCGACCUUCGGGGUGGCGAGAAUCGGGGUCCGCAGCACCGUCGAUCCGGCCUCGGGCGACGACGCGUUCCAUCCCUACGUCCUCAACGUCGAGUUCUCUCUCACGAUGGACGACUCGCUCUCCGUCGAGGUCCGCUUCGAUCCGGACUGCAUCGAGGAACACCGUGUCUGCAGCAUGGUCCGCUCUUUCGACUUACUGUGCCGCGAGAUUGGACGGACCAGCCCCCAAGACACUCUCGCCGGCGUCAUGGCGGCUCUGGGGGACGACGGCCCCAGCUCGGCAGUUUCCCCCCCCAACCCACGUGUUUUCCCCAUUUUCACCGAGCACUAUGCUCGCAUGGACGACGUGAUCGCCUACCGGGCAGCACGGCAGCCCGACAGCCAGGCCCUGGUGGCGACGGAGGUCUCACUUACCUACCGGGAGCUCGAGUCUCGAGCCACUCAGCUCGCUGGCCGUCUUGCCGCGAGCAGGCAUUGCCUUCCGGCCGGCGCCGUCGGGGGGGGAGACCGGUUCAUAGCCAUUUUCAUGCCCAAAUCUCCCCAUGCCGUCGUGGCGAUGCUUGCCAUCUGGAAGGCCGGGGCGGCUUUCAUGCCCUUGAACACCUCCCACCCGCCUUCUCGUGUGUCCAGCCUCGUUUCCCGAGCCGGCGUUACGCUCGUGCUCUGCACACGCUCGACAAGCACCGUUUUUGACGGCGUCAAGGGCGUCGAAACUUGGGUUCUUGACGCAAAGCCUGACCUCGCCGCUUCUGCAGCUACUGCCACGACCCGAGAUGGCGACGUCCUCCUCCGCCGGGCCGUGGGUGAAAGCGUCAACGGCAACGACGGUGCAUCCGCUCGUCGUCACCACCACCACCACCAACAACAACAGCAGCGCCACCCCGAUGACGCCGCCUACCUGCUCUACACGUCGGGGAGCACCGGCGAGCCGAAAGGCGUCGUCGUCCAGCACCGGGCCCUCUGCAGCAGCAUCGCAGCCCAGACGGCCGCGAUCCGGUGCACCAGGGACACGCGCAUGCUGCAGUGCGCCAACUUCGCCUUCGACGCGUCCAUCUUGGAGACGUUCGCACCGCUGAGCGUCGGCGGAUGCGUCUGCCUGCCAGACGACGCCGAGCGUACGGGCCACCUGGCCGGCUUCAUCCGCCGUCACGGCGUCAACGCCUGCACGUUCACGCCGUCCCUCCUGCGCCUCCUGGACCCGGCGGACCUGCCGGGCUUGCGGACCGUCGUGGCGGGCGGCGAGCCCCUGACCAGGGUCGACAUCGAAGCCUGGCUCGGCGGCCCUCGCGGCACGGAGAGGAGCAUGUACAACGUCUACGGCGUGACGGAGGCCUGCGUCGUCUCGGCCGUCAUGCCGGUCGGCCGGGACACCAGUCCGCAAAUGGUCGGCUACCCGGCCGGGGCUUCCCUCUGGCUCGUCAGUCCCGUGUCCGGGAGCCUCGCACCGCCGGGGGCCGUCGGGGAGCUGUUCGUGGGAGGCCCCGGUCUGGCGCGCGGAUAUCACGACGACGAGCCGAGAACGAAGGCGUCCUUCAUCGACGAGCCCACGUGGUCGACCGGAUACAGCCAGGUCAAGAUCCGCGGCCAGCGCGUCGAGCCCGACGAAGUCGCCGACAUGAUCCGCCGCUGGGUGUCCCGGCGGGCCUCGGCCGUCCUCGUCCCCAACGCAGCCGUCACGGCCUUCUGCCCUGCCGACUGCCUCGUGGCCAUCGUCUCAAGCGCGCGACCCCUGCGGCGUGGCGGCGGCGGCGCCGACGAUGGUGAUGGCGAUGGUCAUCAGGUCUACGAAGUCGACGGGGUAACGUGUUCUUUGGCGCUGCAUUCCGCCAUGACCACGGCUAAUACUGCUUCUGCUAUCCCCGGCAGCCGGCAGCAGCAAUCACCCCUGGCCCUCGAGGCCGCCGAGCUGGAUGCCUUCCUGCGCCGGCAUAUCCCCGAAGUCAUCGUCCCCAAGGCAUACGUAGCCGUGAACGAGGUGCCCGUCACGCCGUCGGGCAAGCUGGACAGCCGCUGGGUCCAUCGAUGCCUCGAGACGCUCGUAGACAAGCACAGAUUGGUCUUCCGAGGUUUGGUACGUGUCUCUUCUGCUUCGUCUCCAGGCGCCGAGCCCGGACGAGGCGAGACGGAGGCGACUCAUCACCUCGCGGGAGAUGCCGGCCUUCUCCAGGAGUGCUGGGCAGAGGUUCUCUCCAUCCGCCCCGUGACGCUGAUCGGGCCGGAGGCCAACUUCUUCGACAUGGGGGGCAGCUCCGUCACCGUCAUCCGCCUGGUCGGCAUGCUGCGCAAUCGUGGACGACUGCUCAAGUACGAGGACGCCGUGGCGCACUCUCGGUUGGCGGACAUGGCAAACACUCUGAAGCAGCUGGAAGAAGAAGAACAAGAGCAGCAUCCGCCGCUGCAAGACGGCUCGGACGGUCAUGUCGCUGCCGCCGCCGCUGCCCCUCCCGCUUCCGCCCCCGGCUGUCCCUCGGAGCUCGUCGGGGGCAAAGAGUCGCUCGACUCCAUCCUCGGCCAGCUGAUGCCCAGCUACGGCAUAGACGGAGCCCACGUACGCGACGCGUACCCCUGUACACCGAUCCAGGAGGCCUUCAUGGCCAUGAGCGUCGUGCACCAGGGCGCCUACAUUUCUUUCCACACGCUCGAGGUCGCCGCCCGGGAGUUUGAGAACUUCCGGACGGCGUGGCACUCGAUCCAUCAGCGCCACGAGCUGCUUCGCACUCGCAUCGUGCCCUGGCUCGGCAGCGAGGAUGAGGCCGGCGGCCCCGGUGCCCCCGGCGCUGGGCGGCCCAGCGCAGCACUGCAGGUCGUCAUGGCCCCGGAGUACGAGACCGCAGACCAGUAUUGGCAAAGUACGCCGGAUGUCGAGAGCUUCAUCCGCGACGUGCACGGGCGGCACGCGUACGGCGAGCGGCUGGUCAGACUGGCCCGGGUGGAGGCGUCGCGGGAGGAGGACGGCGGCGGCGGCGGCCAGGCGGAGACGGCGCCGGUCCAGGUCAUCGUUGCCGCACACCAUGCCAUCUACGACGGCUUCUCCAUGGGCAUGCUCUGGCGAGAGCUCGGGGCCGAGAUGAAGUCGCUCAGGAAACAGACCGCGGGCCGCACCGCCACCGGCGCCGAUGUUGCGGUUACGCCGACGAGAACCCCUUUCAGGGCGUUUGUUCGGCACCUCUGUUUCCUGGACCGGGCCGAGAUGACGGCCUUCUGGAGAAAAGACCUUGAAGGGGCCCCGGACUGCACCCACUUCCCUAUGGCGCUGCCGCCGCCGCCGCCAGCUUCCUUCACGUCGUCGUCGUCGUCAUCGGUCGCAAGCCGGCCGGCGGCGUCGUCGACCCUGACGGGCAAAGCCACCCUGGGCAGCUCCUCGGCCAGGUCCAGGUACCGGCUUGUCGACCUGGCUCACGGUGCCUGGGCCCUCACCGUCUCACACUAUACCGCCAACCCCGAGGUCGUGUUCGGCGUCGUCUCGUCUGGCCGCGAGCCCAUCGCCGGGCUGGCGGACGUGGACCCGGAGACGCUGGCCGGGCCGACCAUGGCCUCGGCGCCUCUGCGGCUGCGCGUCGACUACUCGCAGCCGGCAUGCGACUACCUCGACCAGGUACGGCAAAAGGGGGUCCUAAUCACCCGCUUCGCCCACCUCGGCCUCCAGAGAAUCGCCCGAGCGAGCCCGGAUGCCAGUCACGCGUGCCGCUUCCAGAGCAUCGUCGUCGUGCAGCCCACCGUCUCGCCGUCCUCGUCGUCUGCGUGGCAUCUGGGAGCCCCGGGGGUCGUCGACAGCGACGUCGAAGAGUUCCUGGCCGGCAUCAAGCCCGUUCAGACGCCAGCGGCCGCAGCCAUGUACCCCCACCCCCUGAUGGUGGAAUGCCUGCCGCCGUCGCCAUUGCGGAACGACUUGGACGACGACGGCGGCGACGACGACAGCGGCCGAGACGUCCGCGUCAACCUUGGCUACGACCCACGUCUUGUGCCGCAUGAUGCCGCGCGCCGGAUCCUGCUGACGUUCACCGGCAUCCUCUCCAAGCUUGCGAGCGAGGACGCCAUGAGCACCCCUCUGUGCGAGCUGCCGUGCUUGACAACCCACGACGCCGCUCUCCUCCAUCAGCGCGCGGAGAGCCACAAGCCGCGCCCUGUCGAGUCGUGCGUCCAAGACUUGGUCCACCGACAGACGGAGUUGCGCGCCCACGACACGGCCGUCGACGCGUGGGACGGCCGGCUCACGUACGCCGGGCUCGCGGCAGCGUCUGAGCGCUUCGCGAGCAGGCUGAGGGAGGAGCUCGGCGACUGCCACGGUAGGGCAUUCCCGAUGCUGUGUCGCAGGUCCAAAUGGGCCAUCGUCGCCAUGCUGGCCGUCUGGAAGGCUGGCGGACUCUUGGUGCCCUUGGACCCUGCCCAUCCUGUCCAAAGACUGAGGCUCGUUGCCAGCACCGUGACCGCCUCCGCCUUGCUCGUCACCUCGGACUGCCUUUCCGCCGGUCAAGAUAUCGGUUAUCCGUGUAUAGUCGUCGACGACGACGACGACGACGGCGGCGCCGAUGCCGGCACGCGGGGCCAAGACAAGGAGAACCGACGGGUACGAGACGAAAAGGCUGGGCCGGGGCGUCCCGAGCCGUCGGAUCUGGCCUACAUACUGUUCACGUCGGGCAGCACCGGGAGGCCCAAGGGGGUCAUGGUCGAGCACAGAUCGCUCAGCACGUCGCUCGUCGCGCUGGGCACCAGCCACGACAUGGGCCCCGCGACCCGCACAAUGCAGUUUGCCUCGUACGUCUUCGACUCGAUGCUGGUCGAGAUCUGGGGCACGCUGGCCUUUGGCGGGUGUGUGUGCGUGCCGUCGGACAAGCAGAGGAUGGACGACGUGGCCGGCUUCGUUGUAGACGCCAAGGUGAACCACCUCUUUUGCACGCCGUCCCUCUCCCGGACCAUCCCCCCCGAAGCAGUGCUUCCGUUGCCUCUCCGGAAGCUGAGCCUCGGAGGCGAGGCCAUGUCGCAAAACGACGCGGACCGCUGGUGUUCGCGCGGCGUCUGGCUGUCAAACGGCUACGGGCCGAGCGAGGCCUGCAUCGCCUCGGCCAUGCAGGUCACGACCCGGGAAACCCCUCCCGGCACCAUCGGCUUCCCCCUGGAUAGUUGCAGGCUCUGGGUCGUCAACCCCCUCAAGCAGCAACACGGCGGCCUCCACGAGCUGGCGCCCGUCGGGGCCAUCGGCGAGCUGUACAUAGAGGGCGUCAACGUGGCCCGCGGUUAUCUCCACGACGACGCCAAGACGGCCGCCGCCUUCAUGGAGCGGCCCCCCUGGCUCGACCGGCUCGGGUGCGGAUCCGGGUCCGGUAGCGGUGGCACAGGUCCCGAUCACGGAUACAGGGUGUUCCGCACCGGGGACUUGGUGUGCUAUAACCCGGACGGAAGCUUGCGCUUUGUCGGCCGCAAAGACGCCCAGGUCAAGCUGCGGGGCCAGAGGGUCGAGCUGGGCGAGAUCGAGGAGGCCAUCCGUCGACGUGUCCCGCCGUCCGUCACCGUGGCAGUCAGGACUUUCAAGCCCGGAGCCACCGGCGGCGGCCGUGACGAAAUGGACGCCCGUGCGCGGUCGUCGUCCAUGCUGCUGGCCGCCUUCGGCAUGGGUUCGAGCUCGAGUUCGAGUUCGAGCUUAGCAGAGGAUGACGGUGACCGAGGGCACGGGGGCGCCGAGGAGGGGGGGGCGUCGAAGACGCCCGUGGUCGACGACCCGGAUACGCUGUCGGCCGUGCGAGCCAUCACGUCCCGGCUCCAGCAGGAGCUCGGCUCGGUUCUACCGUCUUACAUGAUACCCGACGGCUACGUGCCCCUCCGGUCGCUGCCGGUGACCAGCUCCGGCAAGCUGGACGAGAGGACGCUGCGGGAGCAGGUCGAGUCGCUCACGCCCGGCGAGAUCGCUUCCUUCUCCUCCCUGCCCGGCGAGCCUUUUUCGGGCGCAGCGCAAGCCGAGGAAGCGCCGCUGUCAGCUCAAGAAACGCUCCUUGCCGACCUCUGGACUCGCGUCCUCUACGGCCAUUCGAGCACCGAAGGCAGCGCCGAAGGCAGUCCGGUCAGGGGGCCGAAGGCGGGCGGCGCGGCCCGGGUGCGACGGGGGGACGACUUCUUCAAGCUGGGCGGUGACUCCAUCACGGCCAUGCGGCUGGUGGCACUGGCUCGGCGGUUUGGCUUGGGGCUGACUUGGCUGGACAUCGUCACCAAUCCCACACUGUCCUCGAUGGCGAGCGCUGCCCGGGGCUCCCGGGGCACGGAAGACAAGACGACGGGGCCGGACGCGGCGGGGCGCCAUAAUGACGACGACGACGACGACGACGAUAACGAUGACGGGUGGAGGGCCGAGGCGUUCAGGGUCGCCCAAGACGCGCGAUGCCUGCCGGCCGGCGUGACCGCCGCCGACCUUGUCCCCCCGACGCCCGCCCAGGAGUACUUCAUGAAUGCCUCCGUCUCAUACCCCGGCGCACACGUGUCCAGCCUCAUCUUCUCCCUCGACCCGGGUCUGGACGUGGCCAGGAUACGUUCGGCCUUUGACCGCUGCGCCGACUGGUUCCCCAUCCUGCGCGCCCGCCUCGUCAAAGUGCCCAUGCCGACGACGCACCGGGGCAAAGGCACAUGCAUGGUCCUGGUCGUCGCCCCGGAGCUGCCGGCGUGGCGGCUGGCGUCUGGGUCGCUCGAAGACGCACUGGAGGCCGAGCGGCGUGCCGGCCUCGGCCUGGGACAGCCCCUGUCCCGCUUCUGCCUCGUCGAGCCGGAGCCCUGCCCGGGGAACGACGCGGGCUCGGGUGACCGAGGCCCCCGGCACAUCGUCUGGACGCAGCAUCACUCCUGCUACGAUGGUUGGAGCAUGCGCCUGCUUCUGGACCACGUCGAGAAGGCCUACCUGGACGUGGCGUACCGGCCGCCGCCCGGCCACCUCCCCUUCGCAGACUUCGCUGCCCACGUCCGCGGCCUCAACCGGUCCGCGGCGGCGCUGGCCUUCUGGUCCUCGUAUCUCGACGGCGCCAAACCGUCGUCCCUCUUCCGUUACGACCGCCUGGCCGACCCGCGCAGGUCACAGUCCGCGGAGCGCCGGCUUCCGCUGCCCGUGUACGAGCCGCGCGGCGGGGGCGCCGCGACGACGGUGACGACGGCGACUCUGAUCGUCGCAGCGUGGGCCAAGGUCGUCGGCCGUCUCUCAUCUUCGCCGCGCGACGUGACGCUGGGCUACACGCUGAGCGGCCGCGCGGGACCGCUCGCGGGCAUCGAGUGCAUCGUCGGCCCGCUGCUGAACAGGAUCCCGUUACGCAUCCGCCUUCCUGGGGACGACGCCGAGCCGGCCGAGCCGACCCUGCUGGCCGUCGUGGAGGCGACGCACAAGGCGCUGCUGCAGGUCUCGGCCCGCGCGGACUGUCCCCGUCACGGCCAAGCUCCCUGGUAUCCGGACAGGGUUCCGUUGGAUCUUGUCGUGCAUCCCCGCGGCACUUCGGGGGGGUUGAUCGGCUGCCGGGGGCUUCUAUCGGGUUGCGGGCGACCGGGGCGCGACUCGCAGCUCCCGCCCCUGGGCCCUUUGGCGUUGAGGUGACCGUCCUGGACGACGCCAUCAAGGUUGUGGCCUUGUGGGAUGGUCGUGCUGCCUCUAGAGAGCUGGUCGACGCCGUCGUCGACGACUUUGCCGCCGUUCUCGACGAAUGACUUGGCCUCGCGGCCCAGGCGAGAAGGCAUAAGGGAGAAAGCAACGCCAAGGAGACUGGGUUGCUUCUGAAAACGCCGCAUUGUUCUAGAUAAUCUCAUUUGUGCUUACUUAGUUGUAUCAUAUUCUAUUAAAAGCUGUCAAG